GCAUUGAUUGAAUCUAGUUCGUCGGUAAUUCACAAGAAGAAGCUGGAAACACUGAGGAACUUUACUGCUGAAUAAAGAACAAGAAUGUUUUCCCUCGAUAGGUUUAGCGAUGUUGUCAACGAGCAGCUAACUGCUGCAGCUGAGGAAAUAUGUGACGAUUUUACAAGAACUGUCAUUGAGGACGAGGCAGAAAUCGACCAUCAGCGCAGAAAGCUGGAUAUCAUUUGGAAACCUCCCAUCCACUUACACAGAAAAGAUGUGAUGCAGCAACAUGUGUGUAAGGAGGAGGAGGUUGAACCUGAGCAGCAGCUCUGCCACCAGGAGAGGAAGUCCAGUCUGGACCAGGAGGAUCCAGAGCCUCCACAGAUAAAGAAAGAGCAGCUCAAACAGGAGGAGACUGACACGUUGAUGUUGACUCCUACUCAGGAGGAAAACGUCCCACAGCAGCAUGUGUGUAAGGAGGAGGAGGUUGAACCUGAGCAGCAGCUCUGCCACCAGGAGAGGAAAUCCAGUCUGGACCAGGAGGAUCCAGAGCCUCCACAGAUUAAAGAGGAGCAGGAGGAAGAGCAGCUCAAACAGGAGGAGACUGACACGUUGAUGUUGACUCCUACUCAGGAGGAAAGUAAACAGAGUGAAGCAGAUGGAGAAAAUGAACACCAUCUCCUUUCUCACAACUCUCAUGUUGCUGAGAAUCAAGAUCCCAAAGGGAACAAGCAGGAAGACUCAGAAAUGACUGUAAAAUCCAAACCAAGACAAAAAACAGAAAGAAAACACACAGCUGAGGGGCUGUACUCAUGUGAAGUAUGUGGAAAAAGUUUAAAAUAUCACAGCUCAUUUAAAGAACACAUGAGAAUACACACAGGUGAGGGUCGUUACUCCUGCAGCACAUGUGGAAAAAGUUUCAUGAAGGGGUCAAAUUUGAAUCAGCACAUUCUUACUCACAUGAGUAUAAAGCCAUAUAACUGUGAUACCUGUGGGAAAUCAUUCACAAGGAAUGAUACUUUGGACCAGCAUCUAAAGAUCCAUACAGGUGAAAAACCAUUUACCUGCACAACGUGCAACAGAUGUUUUAGACAUAGAAGUGCAUUGACAUACCACAUGAGAAAACACACAGGUGAGAAGCCUUUCUCCUGUGGCAGCUGUGGAAAAAGAUUCAAUACGGGGUCACAUUUGAAUCAGCACAUUCUUACUCACACAGGUACAAAGCCGCACACCUGUGCUACCUGUGCUAAAUCAUUCACACAGAAAUGUGAUUUGGACCAGCACUUAAAGAUACAUACAGGUGAAAAACCACAUACCUGCACAACAUGCAACAAAACUUUUAGACUAAAAGGUGCAUUGACAGUCCACAUGAGAACUCACACAGGUGAGAAGCCUUUCUCCUGUGACACCUGUGGAAAAAGAUUCAUGAAGAGUUCAGAUUUGAAUCUUCACAUUCGUACUCACACAGGCACAAAGCCGUACACCUGUGGUACCUGUGGGAAAUCAUUCACACAGAAAUAUAAUUUAGACCAGCACUUGUACAUCCAUACAGGUGAAAAAACACAUACCUGCACAUCGUGCAACAAAUGUUUUGGACUUAAAAGUGAAUUGACAUUGCACAUGAGAACUCACACAGAUGAGAAGCCUUUCUCCUGUGGCACCUGUGGAAAAAGAUUCAUUAAGAGGUCAGAGUUGAAUCUUCACAUUCAUACUCACACAGGUACAAAGCCGUACACCUGUGGUACCUGUGGGAAAUCAUUCAUAAAGAAAUAUGAUUUGGACCAACACUUCAAAAUCCAUACAGGUGAAAAACCAUUUAUCUGCACAACAUGCAACAAAUCUUUUAGACAAAAAAGUGCAUUGACAGUCCACAUGAGAACUCACACAGGUGAGAAUCCUUUCUCCAGUAACAUUUGUAGAUAAAGAUUCUGUCAUUCUACACAUUUGAAUCAGCACAUUCUUAGGCCUCGCAAUGUUUUUGAGUGAAAAUGCAAAAGUUUUGUAGCAUUUUGGUUGUCCAUUUACACAGCAACGGCGUUUUAGUGCCUGAAAACGGGACUUUUUGGAAAUGGGCUCCAGAGUGGAAGUUUUUCAUAAUGCCCCCAUUUCAGUCUCUGUGUAAACAGGGAAACCAGCACUUUCUGAAAAGGGACAUUCGCACUGCGGCUGCAGUAAAUAUCCAUGUGAGAGUAGGCUUAUAAUGCAUGCGUGGAUGGGAAGCCCAAAACAAAACAAAGAUGGCCGACACCAGUGUACUGUUCGUGCUCCUCACUCUUUUGAAUUUAAUUAUA